ACCAAAUACUCACUCAAGAUAUGGGUACUUGUUUGGUAUUAGUAUCCUCUUCCAUUGGUUUGUUGUUCAUGAUUUUCUUUAAUGCACAGCUUGCACUUGGAACGGUUAACGACUGUCCAGAUUUAUCAUGCGGAAAACAGGUCAUCCGAUUCCCUUUCAGAAUCGAAGGCCGCCAUCCACAAUUCUGUGGCUAUCCCGGCUUUGAUUUAUUUUGUUCCGAAAGUAACGAGACUGUGAUUGAACUCCCAAACUCAGUGAAGCUCAAUGUCAAUACUAUUGACUACCAACAACAAACUAUUGAAUUAUCUGACCCUUUUGGAUGCCUUUCCAGGCAGCUCCACAACUUCACUCUAUCAGCUUCCCAUUUUCAGUUCAAUGGAUAUGAUGGUGGCUAUAACUUUUUCAAUUGUUCACUGACGAAUAGAUAUAUGGACUCCUAUUUGAUUCCAUGCCUAACCACCUCAACCUCUCAAGCAUACGCUAUUCCAUCUGAUAUACUCAUCGAUUACCUGCCCCUUUCAUUUUGCACCAAAAUGUUUAAUAUUUCAUCCUUCCUUUCUGGUUCUGUCAACGAAAAUAUUCUUCUUUUGACAUGGUCCGUGCCAAAUUGUAAACAUUGCGAAUCAGAAGGAAACAGGUGUGGAUGGAAGAAUAUUACUGCCAAGAAUAUUACUGCCAAGAAUGAAGUAUAUUGUUUGGCAAAUCGCCAAGGUUCAUCAACAGCUCUAGUGACCACAGGAUCAGUCCUAGGGUCGUUUUUUCUUGUCCUGUUAACGGGUGCUGUCUUCCACAUCUAUGACUCUUACAUUCAACGGAAAGAAAAACAAGCAAUUUUUGAAAAGUUUCUACAAGACUAUAGAGCUCUUAAGCCCACCAGAUACUCUUAUGUGGAAAUUAAGAGAAUCACCAACAAUUUUGACGACAAGCUAGGACAGGGAGCCUAUGGAACUGUGUAUAAAGGAAGCAUUUCCAAAGAAAUUAUUGUUGCUGUGAAGAUCCUGAAUGAUUCCAAAAGAAAUGGGGAAGAGUUCAUUAAUGAAGUUGGCACAAUGGGUAGAAUCCACCAUGUUAACAUUGUUCGCUUGGUCGGUUUCUGUGCAGAUGGCUUUACAAGAGCUCUUAUUUAUGAGUUCUUACCAAAUGGUUCACUACAGAAGUUCAUAAAUUCACCAGAGAACAGGCAGAACUUCCUUGGUUGGAAAAAGAUGCAGGAAAUUGCUUUAGGCAUAGCUAAGGGAAUUGAGUACCUUCACCAAGGUUGUGACCAGCGCAUUCUCCAUUUUGAUAUCAAACCUCAAAAUGUGUUACUAGACCACAACUUUGCUCCCAAAAUAUGUGACUUUGGUCUAGCCAAGUUGUGUUCAAGGGAUCAGAGCAUAGUGUCGAUGACUACAGCUAGAGGAACUUUGGGCUACAUUGCUCCUGAAGUUUUCUCACGAAACUUUGGAAAUGUAUCCUACAAGUCAGAUGUUUAUAGUUAUGGAAUGAUGCUGCUUGAAACAAUAGGAGGGAGGAAGAUCACUGAGGACAUAGAAGAAAACACUAGCCAUGUUCACUACCCUGAAUGGAUUUAUAAUCUUUUAGAAGAACGGGAGGAAAUGAGAAUUCAUAUUGAUGAUGAAGGGGAUGCAAUAAUUGCGAGGAAACUAGCAAUUGUGGGACUUCGGUGCAUCCAGUGGCAUGCUAUGGAUAGACCAUCAAUGCAAAUGGUGGUUCAAAUGUUAGAGGGAGACGUAGACAGAUCCCCAAUACCUCCUAAUCCUUUUGCUUCUGCAGGACCAAGGAGAAACACUGCAACUGCAAGUGUGGCUGCGGCUGCGAGACAACUAACCCAAGAUUUAGAAGUAAUCCAAGAGUUAGAUUGACUUUUAUAACUUACUAUAUAUGGUGAAAUAUGUUUGUAAUUUCCCCCCUUCAUUUUAUCUUAUAUACCUUAAUUAUUAA